GUUCAUUUGAGUGCUUAUUAUGAGUGAGAAGUCAUGCAAUCGUUGUCUCAAUGAGUGUCGCAAUUGUGGCCCAAAUAGUGUUGAGUGAAGAGUUCGCUUAAGACAUGGAUUCGCUGGACAUCUCCGGCGACCAUCACAUCUGCAUCCGAUGCAAACAAACCAUCGCUGGUUUAGACGCUUAUGUGAAUCACCGCAAGAGUGGUAACUGUGAGCCCAUCUCUGCCCACAAGUUCUUCAACUGUCUUCAACUCCAAUGCAAAUACAAAGACAUUUGUGGCGAUAAUGAGGAGGAAGUGGACGACGAAGAGGACGGGGAGGACGAGCGCAGUGUCAGGAGUGACACAACGGAUCCGAACCAGUCGUACGACAACUCGGAUGACGAGGUGUCCGACGAAGACAUAUACCGUCCGCCCAACGACUUCACCGGCGGCAAAUGGAAACCCGGAAGUCAUCCGCAAUCGAGCCAUCGGUCGGUCGCCGCCGGCAUCACGUCAGACGUGACGGACGACUCGUCCGACGGAUCCGAGUUUUGUGGACACAAACGGCGAGCUUCGGAUCAAUCCAUGAAAAGCGCUGAAGAAUGCGAUGAACUUGUCGUUGGCGACAGAUGUCUGGCACCAGUAAGUGGUCUUCACUCCAGAUGUGGUGGCAAACGAGCCAUUGAUCUCAAUGAAUGUCAUGUGACUGGAGACGAGACUGUCUUCGAUGGCAAUCAAUGCCUGAAAGAAGUGAUUGUAUGCGAUAACAGUGUUGUCGACAGCACUGAAAGCCAAUUGAUGUGCAAAUUAUGUGUCUAUAAAGCCGUCGAUUCGUUUGAUUUACUCAAACACUACUUGUGUUCAACGAAUCACUCGGCGGUGGACGAUGUGUUGGGCGUCGCGUCGAUCGCCGAAAACGAGUCGCACCUCAUGCGGCGCCUGUCGUUCGUGUGUCAGAUCUGUUCGUUUUAUACGAAUCAGUCGAAUACCUACUUAUGGCACUUGACUACAUCCCAACACCGGCUGAGCGCCAACUCCAGGACCACUCGAUACGAGUGCCGCGUUUGCCGUCAGACGUGCGCCGACGUCGAGACACUUAUGGCUCAUAUGGACGCCAAUCGGGUCAUUCACGCCAACAGUUCCGGUCCAGUGAUUGUCUGCGAGGUCCACAAAAUGGUGCCAAACAGUGAUAACGCCGCGAAUUGUGCGACGAAUCGAUUUAAAUGCGAUUUUUGUGGACAAGUAUUCAGUUUCAAGACACACCUGAAGAGGCAUACACUGAGCGAACACGUGAGACGCGUGGCGUUUCCCGAUCUCAUCAAAAGUAAUUUCAUUGGCGAUAAUCCGGGCUAUUGUUGCCCGACCUGUGACUUCAAGACGGANUUGGACAGACAUUCAAAUCUAAUGCGCUCUUCGAGUGACAGAUAA